GGCAGUGUGAAGCUAGCAUGAAUGUCCGGGCUUUCCUGUUACUCUCUGGGUCCUAAAGCCUGCCCAGAAAAAAAACCCCGGUGCCUUGCAGAUUGUUCAUAUCCGAUAGCUUGGCGAUCUCAUGAUUCCUGUUUUCAAAUACAGGCGCGGCAAACAGGAGUUGGAAAACAAAUGAUGUUUGAAAUCUUGUGGUGCAGACAAUAUUACCUAUGACAAUAGCAUUGUAUGCUAUUCAGAGAACAUAAAGCAGAAAAUUAGUUGUAAUGGAUUCUCAAGUGAAUUACUCUGUCUCUGAAAUGAAACAGAACUUUGGAAAGACAUUUCUCCACAAACACAGUGAAGCUGAUAUGGAAACAAAGGAAGAUCUGAGAAGGAAACUCCAUCAAGCCAAGAAAGAUAAACUUGACAUAACUGCUAAGCAUAAUGCAGAGCUAUCAAACUAUGAAAGCCAGAUUGCAAAACUACGAGCAGAAGUUGAGAAGAGUGAAGCUGUCCGACAAAGUCUGGAGUAUGAAUUAGCCGUAGCAAGGAAAGAAGUUGGCAUAGAACGGCAUUCAUCAGAAGAAAAAUUAGGCGGAGCAAACAAACAAAUAGAACAGCUGCAAGAAAUCAUCAGAGCUCUUCAGCAGAAAUUGAAUGAGGCAGAGAAAACAUUUCACAUCAAUAAAUGUCAGUGGGAUGAUAAACAGCGAAGAUUUAUCAAUGAGUUAUCAGAAAAGGAGUUGCUUAUUAGUACCUGUCAUGCUGAAUAUGAAACCCUUUUGAAGGAAAGGAUGAGAUUGGAUGAUAUUUUGAAGGAGACUUUGGAAUGCCAGAAGGAACAGAAGGACAUGAUAGAGUCAGAGAUCAUGAAAGUGGCAGAAGAAGAAUUUAGGUGUCAGGCAGAACAUUGGAAAUCAGAAAGAAAGGAACUCCAAUUUUUGUUGCAGGAAAGCACCAGCACAGUGCAGAAUGUCCACAAAAAAGUAGAAGAGCUAGAAAGAGAACAUAAUGGCUGUUCAGAAGCCUUGAGGCGACAGGCCAGCGAACUUCAGUUUGGUGCUGAGCGAGAGACUCGGCUUAGAAAAGAACUUGAGCUAGCUAUGGCCAGAGUAAAAAAACUGGAGGAAAACAUCGAGGCAGAGAGGGCUGCACAUCUGGAAUCCAAAUUUAAUUCUGAAAUAAUUCAGUUACGGAUCCGAGACCUUGAAGGGGCUUUGCAAGUGGAGAAGGCCAGCCAAGCAGAAGCAAUCUCUGACUUGGAAAUGUUCAAAGGCAAAUUUAGAGAGGUGGAAAACGCCUAUGAGAGAGAGAAGCGUAAUGCCCACGACAACUUGGAAAAAUUCAGCAUAUUACAAAGGGAACAUCUAGCUGCAAACAAACAACUAAACGAAGAGUUAGAAGAAAAGAAGAAAGUAAUUAAAGACCUCUCUGAGACACUCCAGGAUAAUGAAAAAAGUUACAAAGAAUUACAGACUGAACUUCUUCUGACCAGGAAACGCCAGGCCUUCCUAGCAGAGACAUGUGAAAACAAUGUGAGAGCACUGGAGUCACUUCUGGACAGCUUUACUAUGUCAAGCCAAUGGACAGCAGGCAUUCACAAGGACAAAGAUAAACCUCCGAGCUUCACUCUUGUCCUUGAGACUUUGAGAUGUACCUUGACAGAUUACCAGAACAAGCAGGAAGAGGCAUCUAAUGAGCUAGAGAAAAUGACAGCUCUUUCUGAGAAGAUGGGAAAAGAACUUGAGGCUUCCCAAUACCAGCUAAGAUCUCAAAGUCAAGAACUUCAGGUAAAACAUGACAGUCUCAUUGAUAACAAGAAGGAGUUAAAUAAUCUGCAAACUAAGUGUGCAGACAGAGAAUCCUUAAUAGCUACAUUAAAAAUGGAACUACAAAACGUAUUGAAUUGCUUGGAGAAAGAGAAAGCGUGUUGUGCAGAAUAUAAAAAUGAAAUUCAGACUCUCAUGCAGGCUUAUGAGCAAAAUACAGAGGAGAAGUUAACUUUCCUCCAUACUUUGUACCAGCACUUGGUAGCAGGCUGUGUUCUUAUAAAGAAAUCAGAAGGCAUCUUGGAUAAAUUCUCUUGGUCGGAGCUUUGCACCGUCUUGCAAGAAAAUGUUGAUACACUGAUCUUAGACCUCAACAAGGCUAAUGAGAAGGUAUCACACCUUGAAUAUGUUUGUAAGAAUAAGUCAGAUACAAUGAAGGAGAUUCAACAGACCCAAGAAGAGACUUUGAAGAAAUUUGUAGAACAGAUGAAAGCUCAAGAAAGCUGUUGGUUAAAGCAGAAGAAAGACUUGGAACAGCAAUAUUCUGGACUCCUUGGGGAAGUUCACACCAGAGCCCAG